UGGUAACGGAAGUGGCCUGUAAAUGUCAACUAGCUGACAGAGGUCUUUUCGUUCUAAAGUUUUUAAACGAAAGUUGUAUUUUCUUGUGCUGUACACGUUUCGUGUCGAAAAAAAGGACUUAAAAAAUGCGUUACGUGGCUGCAUACCUGUUGGCUGUUCUUGGCGGUGCCGAAAACCCCAAAAAUGCUGAUAUCGAGAAGAUCCUCAGCUCGGUCGGUAUUGAAGUUGACUCCGAACGCCUCUCCAAGGUUGUCAAGGAAUUGAAUGGCAAGUCUAUUGACGAAUUGAUUGCUCAGGGUCGCGAGAAACUCUCGUCUAUGCCUGCUGGUGGUGCUGCUGCCGCUGUCGCUGCGCCAGCUGCUUCUGCCGCUGAUGCUGGUGGUGACAAGAAGGAAGCCAAGAAAGAAGAGAAGAAGGAAGAAUCUGAAUCUGAAGAUGACGAUAUGGGCUUCGGUCUCUUCGAAUAAACUACUUCUAAAUCUUUAAUUCGGGGUCUACUGGCAAACGUCAGUGCAACAAAAAACGUGCAAAAACUUGUGGGUAACUGCUCAAGUUUCAGACAACAGCGUCAGCAUGGGGAGGGUUAAAAACCUAUUACAACAUAGUUGAAAUUUUAUUUCUAUGAAAUAAAAGAAAGUAAAGUUUUUACACGUUUAAA